GUUUUGUCCGUACGCCACCUUUUGACGUGAAUCCCCCGCCCAGUUUUAUAAAUGAGGCAUCUGGUCUGUAAACUGUUUCCUCCUGGAUACAGAGUGAGAGUGAAAUAAAUGUUCUGAUUGGUUCUAGCCUAGGUAAUGCAUGUUCAGCAGUAGUAUCUGUAAACGAGAGGAAGGACCAGCACUGGAGUUGUCAGUGCCUUGUUCUCGGCAGAGUUCUCCCACACGCUCACGAACUGAGAGAUGAACCUCUCUGUGGCUAUUGUCCUUCUUACUGCGGUCGUCUGCACUUCAGCAGAAAUUCCUCAUGAGACCGUCUAUGUGCAGGGCUGUCUUGAGAAGACAAAGGUGGAGGCGGAGGCAGAGCUUCAGGUGGAUGGGGAGGAAGUGGUAUAUGCUGACUUCCAGAGUGGACAGGAAGUUUGGACAUUGCCUGAGUUCCUGGGGCCAUUCCCAAGCUCCACUGUUCGUAACUUCUACAAGAAUGCUGUUAAAGGCAGACGAUUGUGUCAGGAUGCCUUGGCUCUUUGGAUAUUAGAAGAAAAGUUUCCACCUGAGGUAAAAGAUGCCCCUGAGAGCACCAUCUACCCCAGGGCUGAGGAGGUGCUGGGGGUGGAGAACACCCUAAUCUGCUUUGCCAAUCAUUUCUACCCCCCGCCUGUCAAAGUCCACUGGACCAAGAAUGGCCUGGAGGUGACUGAGGGAGCGUCUCUCAGUCGGUACUAUCCUAAUAAAGAUGGAACGUUCCACCAGUUCUCCAGCCUGAGUUUCACUCCACAGGAGGGGGAUGUCUAUGCCUGCACUGUGGAGCACACAGCCUUGGAGGACCCCAAAACCAGGUUCUGGGAGAUACAUGAGGUGAGUGGGUCCAGUGCUGGUCCUGCUGUAUUCUGUGGAGUGGGCCUGACUCUGGGACUGUUGGGAGUGGCUACCGGAACAUUCCUGUACGUCAAAGGACAACAGUUUAACUGAAUUGUGACAUAUAUGAAAUCUAAAAAAUCCUCUUAUGCAGUUGUAGGUAAACAAUGUGACAGAAUUAGUGGCGUACCGCAGUUUCAUAUUUUUUGUUGAGGGGGAAACCGCUAACGGGGUGGGGGGGGGGCGUACCCACCUUUUCUUUUGGAGAGAGGGGGGGUGCAGGGAGUGUGGUACGCCAGUGCAAAUAAUAUUAUUAACUACUCUGUAACGGUUACAUUUUUUGCCUGUCAAUAAAAUCUUAAAUAUUUUU